AUGACUACUACAGGAAACAAUAAAAACAACAGCCUCUUCGCCUGUGGCUCGUCUAUCCGUCCGACUGUUUCUAGUAUCCGCCAGCCGAAGCUUGAUCACGCCUCUCUUUCCCGACUUAUCCAUGUCUGCACCUAUCCCAUCAUCGUCCCCGCGCCUCCACUCGCGCCCACGCCGCCGGCCAUCUCGCAUUGUCGACCGAUUUUGUCAUUGGACUGUAUCACCUUCAUCCACCUCGAUUCGUCUGUCUUCAUCGCCGCCUUUACCACGCUUUCUCUCCACACCCUCUUCACGCCCUUCCACGCGUCUAAUUCUUACGCCCCUCUGGUCCAUUUCCGCUUUCGUCUUGAGCUGGCCGCCACAUCCAGCUUGCUCGCUCACUCAACCGCCCUGUGCAUUGGCACGGCCAAACCAAACAAAUCAAAGUUGAUACUGAUUGCUCACACGACUUUCUUUCUGCCUCUCAAGCCACAACUCCGCAUCCGCCGGCCCUCCAACCUUCGCAUCAACAUUCGCACCAACCUCCACCUCCCGUUCACCAUAGCCAACAACAUCCCCUACCGCCGCAACCUGCGCCUUCUCAUCAUCAGCAUCAGCCUCAGCACCAUCAUCGAGACUCCUGGGCACGAGUCCAUGCGAAAUUGGCUUCUAGCUCGAACCGAAGAAGAGAAGACGAGACAGGAGGAGGAGAAAACGAGACAGGAGGGACUUCGUUUGGAACAACGCAAGAUUGAGAUGGACAUGCUACGCUCUUCUCUCAGCGGGGGUAUCCCCCCUCCCAUGAUCCCUCUCGUCUUUACUGGUAUGGCCAGUGGCGGUAUCCUACCGCAGACUGCCUUGGACUGGGCUCACCAGUUCAUGGUUUCGCAACAACAGCAGUAUCCACAGCUACCUCCUCCCCCGCCUCGGCCCCUGUCGCCCGAAUCUCAACGUGAAGCUGCCGCCCAACCGCCUGCUCAAUACCAUCCGCCGCCCAACCUCCCACCACCACAUGGGGGCGCAUAUGCUGCCUAUGCAACCUCACCAACAAGGGCACGAGGGCAGACUGUCUCUACAGUGGCUCGGCCGGCCGCCGGUUCCAACAUUUCGUCAGCCGGAUCAAAUACGCCUCAAUCGGGAGGUCUCCAGCCAAGCACCUCGACACUAGGCCCAUUUCAACCUCAACAGUCGAGCGGAGGGCAACCAACUCAGCAUGACUCUACUCUCUACUUUCAUCAUUGGCUACCACCGGCAACACAGUCGGGUCAAUCUUCUGGGGCAUCAAACAGACCCAGCAGCCCAGCAGGCGAGUCACAGAAAAAGCGCAAAGCCGCGGCAGACCCGUCCCACCACAGCCGUACCAGCAGAGCCCCGGGCCGCAAGUCCCACAAGCGGCACAAAAGCGAUGUUUCCUGGCAUCACGCCCCCCGGCAUGCCAUAGGUGCAAGCCACGACUCGAGGCAUCGGGCUCGAACGCCGGCGCAGGAUAACUCUUCGACCUCGUCUAAGGACCGAGAGGUGGCCGAAGGUAAGACGUACGCACGUCCCCGCCAAGAAGAUGAGGGACAGAACCGAGACCGCGAACGAGAACGAGAAGCUUCCGCCGCCCCUGGCGAAAGGGCCGCGUAG